AUGUCGGACAACAAAGCCUCAAGGCAAAAGCCCUGCCACCACUGCAAGAGCAGGCCAGUGUCAGCCCCACCAGACACCUCCACGAUCCACUAUGAGAAGUUCUGGCUGUACCGUCACUGCUCUUCAGUGCAGCAGAGGGACAGGCAAGCUCAGAAAGCUGGGCAGCUCUUCUCAGGGCUGCUGGCCAUGAACGUGGUGUUUCUGGGCAGUGCCUUCAUCAGCAGCGUGAUUUUCAACCAUGUGGCCAUCACACUGGCAGACGUCUGGAUCCUGCUCGCCAUCCUCAAGGUCUUGUGCCUGUGCUGGAUUAUCUACUACCUGCUGGGCACCAGUCGGCAGCCGCACGCAGUGCUGUACCGGGAUUCCCAUGCUGGGCCGAUCUGGAUUAGGGGGUCAGUGCUGCUGUUCGGCAGUUUCAGCAUCCUCCUGAACGUGUUUCACAUCGGCUACAGUGCAGUUCUCAUCCAGUGCAAAUCCAGGGUGGAAAUUGUGUUCCCCAGCAUUGAAAUCCUUUUUAUUUGCACCCAGGCUUUUUUUCUGUGGCGUCACUCUAAGGACUGCAUUCAAGUCCAGCACAACUUCACCAGGUGUGGGCUGAUGUUGACCAUAGCCACCAACCUCCUCCUCUGGCUCUUGGCCGUGACUAAUGACACCAUUCACAUGGAGAUUGAGUCUCAACUGCGUGAGGUGGAGCAGCGAUUUGCAGGCAAUGAGACUACCUCGUGCACAUGCCCAAACACAACUAUCUGCAAAGUCUUCCAGAAGGGCUACAUCCUGCUCUACCCCUUCAACACUGAGUACUGCCUCGUCUGCUGCUCCGUGCUGUACGUCAUGUGGAAGAACGUGGGGAGACGCAUCAGUCACCACCACGUCCCUCACAUCAAGCCCAAGUUCAAGCUCCAAGGGGUGGUCUUUGGGCCACUGCUGGGCGCCGCUGCUGUAAUCAUCGGGAUCUGUGUCUUCAUGAUGUACCAGAUUCAGGCCACCGGCUCAGCCGCCAACCGCCAGGUCUUCGUGAUGUAUUAUUCCUACUACAUUGUGCUCCUGCCCCUGAUGAGUGUGGGCGCAGUGAUUGGGACAAUCAUCCAUGCCUUGGAAAAAAGGGAGCUGGACACGCUGAAGAACCCAACCCGCAGCCUGGAUGUGAUCCUGUUGAUGGGGGCAGCCCUCGGCCAAAUUGGCAUGUCCUACUUCUCCAUUGUUGCCCUUGUGGCCACUGACCCCAGGGACCUGUUGAACAGUCUCAUCCUGUCCUAUUCGGUCCUCCUCAUUUUUCAGAACAUCACCCAGAAUGUCUUUAUCAUUGAUGGGCUUCACCGGCAGCCCUCUGUAGCAGCAACUGAGGCCAGACACACAGGACACGCUAGGCAGCAUGCAGCGGCUUCAGAGCUACCUGGCGAAGAGGAAAACACAACAAGCAGCAAACAGGAGCACACACAGGUAUCUCCUAACAAAGAGGAAGAAAUUGAAGAGGAGCAGAAUCAUGAAGCCUACGACCAGAGACGAGUGAGCAUGCUAGAGCUAGGACAGGAGAUCCGGAAAGUUUCUCUGUCCUAUAUCCAUAGCUACUCUCACCUGAGUUGGAAGAGAAGAGCAUUAAGGGAGAUCUCAUUCUUCUUGGUUUUGUGCAACAUCAUACUGUGGAUCAUGCCUACAUUUGGGGCUCACCCCGUCUUCGAGAAUGGACUGGAAAAGUCAUUUUACGGCUACUCCACCUGGUUUGCAAUCGUGAACUUUGGCCUCCCACUGGGUGUGUUCUACCGAAUGCACUCCGUCGGGGGACUCCUGGAGGUCUACAUCACAGCCUGAAUCAAGCUGACUCCCUGCCCCAGAGGCUGGGGUGAAACAAUGAUGCUGAACAAAGAUGCAGUAAGCAGUGGAUAUGCACAUGGAAGCUUUUAAGCUUUUUCCCUCUGCCUUCUGCUUCAACUUCUCCUUGCACAACAUCUCCGUGAGUUUCAGAAGAAAAGGAGGUUGUUUUAUAUUAUCAUUUUUUCUCCAUAGAGAAUAGACUUAAAGCCCAUAAACAAACCGUCUUACUACUCUAAGGAAGCAUGCAUGCUGGUACUUAUCAGGGUCUGCCAGUGGAUGCUGUAUGGUAGCAAGUGGGACUUUACCAGCUCCUAUUGAAAUCUUCUAGACAAAAGAAUGCAAGAGCAGCCUUCAACAAAAGCACCAAAGAUUGACCUGCACUCCACAGAACUUCAAAAAUCCACAAAGACCACCAGCCACACCACUGCUCACCAACCCACCAUCCUGCAGCACAGAAGAGACCUAUCAGUACCAGCCACACUAGAAGCACAUACAGCCACAGUCAUUCAGAAAUGAACCAAACAUACACUUUUUACAUGUAAUUUUCAAAAAGAUGCUGGUAGUUGCUUUAAUGGUCAGAACAGGGACUAUUUCUGCUUGUUCCUGCUGCCAACAUCUGGCACAUCAACUUGCACAAGUCCUGUGGGACCCAGCCCCACUGAGUGCCAAGCUCUUGCAGCUCUCAGUAUUGAAGAGCAGGACAGGCCUUCAGACCUGCACCAGUUCAGUGCAUCUUUUCCCAUUAUCCAAAAUAGAAGCUAUAACAUUACCUUGCCUUACUGAGAAUAAACACUAUUUCUCCUUGCAGGCACUCAAAGAGCCUCAAGUGAGAAGCACUAGAGAAGUACUAAGGCUGAUCUUUACUUGAUGCUACUCAUGCAUGAU